CAAGACAUCUAUCUACUUUGUGUUUGUGGGUGGUGAAUAGGAAAUAAAAUAUUUGCAUUUAAAGAGUAAUUAAAUAUAAAAUGCACUUCAUGUAACAUUAUUGAUUCAUUAUUGAAAUAAUAUAAUUUUUGCGUCUCUAAUAUUUUUCAUUUUACUUUAAGACAGAAGUAGUAAAACAUUAAAAGAAAAAUGGCCUCAUUAUUUGAACAGUAUGAACAAGCAGCAUCCUUGUCUUCUGGGUAUAUGACUGGAAAACCAGUCAUACCUGAAAUGACCACAGCAGGUAUCAUAAAUUGCAAAUUUAGAAGAUGAUUCGCCAAUGUUCAAUAAGAAAAGAAUUAAUUUUAGUCCUAGUGAUUAUGUAACUCAUAUGGUAGUCUGCAACAAUCAACUUGUCCUGGGAAUGCGUAACAAAGUUAGAAGAAUGGAUUUAAUUCAUCCAGAAAAUUUUGAUGAUAUUGAUUUGCAAAAAAGCACAGGUGAAAAAGUCAAAAUAUAUGAAUUAUUUCUUGAUCGCAUGGGUAAGCAUCUAUUAGUGAGUUUAAUUAAUCCAGAAAUUGAAGGACCAACAGAAAAUGUGUACCUUUUUCACUCUUCAAAGAAGCCUCAGCAUUGCAGCAAAAUGAAGGGUCAUGUGAUAAGUGCUGUUGCAUGGAAUCCUUUGAUCGUAAAUGAUAAUACAACUGGCGUACUUUUAGUAGGCACUACAAAAGGUAUGUUUGCAGUGACUUUCAUAAUAAAUCUCUCUCUAGUUUAA